AUGUUUACUUUAUGUAAAUUGUUACUUGUCGUCAUUUUUACAACUGUAUUCAGUUGUCUUUCUGGUACUUAUCCACCGUCUUACUGUAUUCGUCUUGAUACGGAUGUUAAGAAUGCUAGUGGUUCGUCAAUAAUCAUAAAUAUUACUCAAAACUGGGCGCCAAUUGGAGCAAACCAUUUAUUUGAUAUAAUUAACUCUCAGUUCUAUGCUGUUCCUUCAGCUUUUUUUCGUGUUGUUCCUAAAUUUGUCGUGCAAUUUGGAAUCAGUGGGGACCCAAUACAAAAUACCAUUUGGAAUAAAACUAUUCUUGAUGAUCCUGUACUUAUGUCUAAUAUUGUUGGUACUGUAUCGUAUGCUACUAAUGGACCUAAUACGCGUACAACACAAUUAUUUAUUAAUUAUCGCAAUAAUAGCCGUCUAGAUCUACACGGUUUUUCACCUAUAGGAGUUGUUACCACUGGUUUAGAUGUCGCAAAUACUAUUUUUAACCCAACUCCAGGUAACAGUACUGGUGUUGACCAAGAUGCUUAUUCGACUGAAGGGAAUGCUUGGAUACUUGUCAAUUAUUCACAAAUAAAUUUUAUUAAAAAAGUUUCCAUCACUUAUGAUUGUUCCCGUUCGUAUCAAUCUAAAAUACAAGUUACUUCGUCAUUUGUUUUAUUUUUUAAAUUUAUUUUUCUUUUUUUAAAUCAAUAUGAUUAA